GGGACGUGACCUUCCCUGGCUGAGCCUGACGAUGUGGGGUCAGGAUGCCUCGGUGCCCCGACGUCGCCUGGCGCAACCUUGCAGGGGCGCUCCUUGGCUGCUGGCGCUGCUGCUGAGCUUGGCCCUUGCCCGGAAAGGGGGCUCGGCGGCACACUGCCCCAGCAAAUGCGUCUGCGCCAGCAACAUCAUCAGCUGCUCCAAGGCCAACCUGAGUGUCUUCCCCCAUCCCCUUCCCUCGUACGCGGCUGCCCUGGACUUCAGCUACAACCAGCUGACGCGCCUGCGGGCGGAGUGGGCGCCUUCCCCGCUUCGCCACCUGCACUCCCUGUUCCUCAGCCACAACGGCCUUUCCUUCAUCUCCACGGAGGCCUUCACCAAUGUCCCUCACCUCAAGUACCUGGACCUCUCGUCCAAUAACAUCCAGGAGCUGGGGGAGAACCACUUCAGCCACCUGGUGAAGCUGGAGGUGCUGCUGCUCUACAGCAACAAGAUCUCCAAGAUUGACCGGACGGCUUUUGAAGAGAUGACCAAGCUCCAGAAGUUGUACCUGAGCCAUAACGCCAUCAGCCGCUUCCCCCAUGAGCUGCUGAAGAAGGACGAGGGAGGCUUCCCGGAGCUUGCCUUGCUGGACCUCUCUUGCAACAAGAUCAAGGAUAUUUCUGUGGACGAGGUGAACAAGCUCCCAGCCUGGGUGAAGAACGGCCUCUACGUCCACGGAAACCCCCUCACCUGCCAGUGCUCGCUCUACAACCUCUUCACCCACUGGCAGAAGCGGCAGCUGAGCUCCGCCACGGACUUCAAGGAGGAGCUCAAGUGCUUCCUUCAGAAAGACAGCAGAAUCAUCAAAAUCUCCAGCCUCAGCGACCCAAGCCCAGGGGGCUUGAACUGCAGCGAGUUCAAGGAGCAAGUGCUGGAGGUCCAUCGCGGGGAAGAGGUGAUCAUCAACUGCGACACGAGGCAGCGAGGGGUGGUGAUCAGAGAGUGGCUGACCCCCCGCUACGAGCGUGUCCCCCAGGAGGGCGACAACAGCUCCAUGACCAUGCUGACCAACGGGAGCCUUCAGAUCAAAAACAUCAGUGUGGAGGACAUGGGUCCCUAUACCUGCUAUGCGGUCAGCCAGGUGUUCAACGAGACCCUCUAUGUGCACGUCACGGUCCACAACUACUCCUUGCACGGGACCCCGGACACCCUCAACACCGCCUACACCACGCUGGUGGGCUGCAUCCUAAGCGUCAUCCUCGUGCUCAUCUACCUUUACCUGACCCCCUGCCGCUGCUGCUGCCGCAACGGCGAGAAGCAGGCCAGCCAGCGCGAGGGCAGCAUCAACUCCUCGGUGCUCAGCACCACGCCCAACCACAACACCGGCGGGGGCAAGGAAGGGCUGAACCGGCACAUGGCGCCUGGCAACGCGCAAGGCCAGAAUGGCAAAUGCAAAGCCAACAGCUCCCCCAAGCAGGCGGCGAAAGGGUCCCAGAAGGCAGAGCGGAAGAUGUCGGAUGCGGACUCAGUCAGUUCUGUCUUCUCCGACACGCCCAUUGUGGGGGCCUCGCAGGGCGAAGGCGGGAGAGGAUCCGGCAGGGAUAAGGCAGGGGCUGAAUUAGUGGGGCUGCUGUGAUCGUUCUGGCACUGGGAAACAAGACGGAGGAUGCAGCCACAUCCCUUAAGGCAUAACACUAUUCUCUGGCACUGUUCUCCGACCUGCCACAGUAUGUAAUGGCGUUGCUUUGUUACUUUCCUCCUGUCGAGCCCACAGUCCAGUGUCGAAAACCUUGAUCUCCCAAUAUUGCUCUUGAAGCACAGUCUUUCCUCAGCCCUCCGUUUCUUUGGAAUGACAUGGUUUUUCAGAUCGCCCUCAUGGGAACCUUUGUGAGCAUCUCAGCCACAGGCAAAAGGGUCCAGCAGACUUCACUAGGUUUUCCUGCAUCCUGCUGUCGCUUUUGCUUACUUUCCCUGGGUGGGGCUUUCCUCCCAAGUCUCCGUGCAGGUAUGAAUACCAGAAGAGCAGCCCCGGCUCAUCCGCUGCAGCAGAAAUGGCAGUGUCACCUUCAGAGACUUAACAAUAUUAGGGUGGCAUAAGCUUCCAUAGGUGGCAGCCUGCUCCAUCGGAUGUUACAAAGUGGGCCUAGAAACCAAGGUUUUUGUUCACCUUCAUGCAAAUUAAAUCACAUUCAUCUCCACAGUAGCUCCAGAGAUGGCAGAAACCCCAAUUAGCCACGGUAUUGUGGGAGUGGGGUGGAGGAAGUUGACUUUUUAAAAAUGGCUCAACAAUAUUUUUUUUAUAUAUCUAUAUAUAUAUAUAUAUAUAAACUCUU